AUGUCUACAUCAAGUCCCCAAUUUACCAGUACCACCCGUUCCAAAAUUGCUUCGGUGCUCAACAAGUUAGCACCGAAGUCUCGAAAGCAAGCUUCAAAAGCCUUGGUCGAGCAAGAGGUCAAUUCGGCUACCUCAGAAGUCGAUGUAGCUUCAAUUCUAGGUCACCCAAUGACCUCCCCCUUGAAGAUCUUCAAUGCCCAGAGAUCGAGCCAAAUACCCCUCAGAGAACCAGCUGGGUUCCCCGUAAACCAGAACUUUUCUCAAAGGGUCACAUAUGAAAUUUCCGAUGACGAGGCAAACGAAGUAAUCUUCCUGACGCCGUACAUCAGGCCAAGCCAUGUUCUUCCAACGAUAGUUCUAUCGCUGGACGAAACAAAAGAGGUUCCCCUGAAAGGCUCAAUCUCCACUCAACGUGGCGAGACCUCAACCUUUCGUUUGGACCGCACCACCCGGGGGUUUCCUACCUGGCGCAUCUGCAGUAAGCCAUUGGAAGUCGACGAUACAAAAUCCCCAAUUGAAGGGUUGACGCUUCGGUCACAUUCAAAUGUUCUACGCCUCGAGUGUUCGUCCAUGGUAUCCCCUACAAGAGGUGCAUCCAUUCAAGUUGAUGCCUGGUCCCCACAGACGCCAUGCAAAUCAGUAAACACUCCUCGGUUAUCAUACAUCUCAAAUACACCAUCACCUGUCAGGGAUAUUCCGACUCCUGUCGAUUCCACUGGCAAAGCCUUAACAGAAAAGACGUACUUUACCAAGCCCAUGGCACAAUCAUCUAUUCCGUUCCCAACCAGCCCAAGUCUUAUGCCUUCCUUCAGUAGGCAGAUGAAAAGUAAUUCAUGUCUACCGGGUCAAAGCGCUACACCAGCAUCGUCAUAUAAAGGUCAACGUAGUGCAUGUUAUCGUCCACUAGGAUCAGAAAUGAUGGACACGCUAGAUUUCCUAUCAGAGUUAUGUAAAAGGCCUGGAGUUCUAGCAGGUGAUGGAGAAAGUUUACUGGAUGGAGAAAGUGAUGCAGAUGGUCUGAUCAGUCCACUCUGUCACACAUUUUGA